CGGAGCCAAUCGGAACUCGCGGCAAGGCUGCAGGUCUUCCAGGAGCGCUCAUGCGCGGACGGCUGCCCGCAGGCGGCCGGGGGGAUGUAACCGGCAGCUGAGCUGGCCUUUUUGUGUCCACAAGCUUCGGCGCGGCUGCGGCCGCCCAUAAGCUACCGGGAGGAGCUUUACGACUUCCCCGCCUGCAGGGCCGGGUGUAGCAAGGGCCAGACGCGUCACGAGCAGGCGCUGCGCCCCAACCGGCCGGCUCCUGGCGGGCCGGUUGCGGAGAAGCUCCUCAAUGGCCAGCGGCAGCUGCAGUCCCGGCCGUGCACUCGCCUCACCUGAUCCCGGGCUGGAGUGCAGUGGUGCAGUCUCGGCUUACUGCAGCAUCGACAUGGAUGAGCAUGCAAUUCGCCUGACUCACCAUCCCACGUCUUCCUCAGCUCUGAUGACCUUUGCUUCCACUCCCCUUAAGCCACCACAGGACACGGUGAGCCAUGGGCAGGAUGGUGCCUUUCAAAGCUGCUCUGACGGAGCGCUUAGACCUAAUCCAGCCCUCCAGGGAGCAGGUGCAGAGACUCAUAGCAGAACACCUUCCACACCUGACUCCCAGCAUAAGAUAAGUGUGGAUUCCUGGCUCAUUCGUGUUCUGCUUGGCAGUGAUCUGAUUCGUAUCAGUGCCCACAAUGCUACCACAGUUGCACCUUCUGUAGGAAUUACACGAUGAAUUAACUCAUCAAUGGCAGAACCAGUUAAAGAAGAGGCCAAAACUUCAAAUCCAACUUCUUCACUAACUUCUCUUUCUGUGGCACCAACAUUCAGCCGAAAUAUAACUCUGGGACCCGUCAAUUCUUCAGACUCUGACAAUGGGACCACAAGAACAGCAAGCACAAACUGUAUAGGCACUACAAUUUCAGCAAAUGGAACGUGGCUUCCAGAUAACCAGUUCAUGGAUGCCAGAACAGAACCCUGCGAGGGAAAUUCCAGCACCACAGCAACCACUCCAGAAACCUUCCCUCCUUCGGUACCCCUUCUCAAGAAACUGCCCGGAGGAUGGGGUCAUAUGCAUAAUUCCCUACAGCUGAGCAUCCCAGCCAAGAAGGUCUGGUCUAUUUCACAUGCCUCCACUGACCACUCCAGCUUGGGAUGUUUUGAGUUCUCAUUCUUUGCACAAGAGACAUACAGGGAGUAUGUUGCGGGAAGUCAGGGACCCCAAAUGGAGGGACCGGCUGAAGCCAUGGCAGAAGAACAUAAAUUGUGAAGAUUUCAUGGACAUUUAUUAGUUCCU